AUGCAGAUGGAGCUGGACGGAGUGGAGGUGGAAGCUCGGGAGUCGGCCGACGCCUUUAGCGAUGGAGAUUCUGGCUACGACGAGGGCUACCUCUCCACCGAAUCAGUCCAAUCUAGCAUCUUCGAAUACGAACAGGAAAACGGCAGGACAUAUCAUGCUUUCCGGAGAGGAAAAUACGUAAUCCCCAACGACGAGGGCGAGCAAGAACGAAUGGAUAUUCACUAUCAUGGAGUACGGCUUGUUCUAAAGGAGAGGCAUUUCGUCUGUCCCAUCCGCAAUCCGCGGAAAGUACUAGACAUCGGAACAGGAACUGGUGCGAGAUUGCAGACAUCCCAACAUAGUAUCACAGAACUCUUACUCACGAUUCUCUAGGCAUAUGGGCAAUAGACAUGGCCGACGACUAUCCCAUGUCUGAAGUAAUAGGCGUGGACCUCUCGCCUAUACAACCUACAGCAGUACCACCCAAUCUCGAAUUCCAAAUCAUGGACGCCGACGAGACAUGGACUUUUAAUCAAGAAUUCGACUUUGUGCAUUCGCGGCUCAUGAACGGCUUCUCCGUCAAAUCCUGGUCGCACUUCUACGAGCAAGCGUUCAAAUCCAUGACCCCCGGCGGCUGGGUCGAAAAUCAAGAAUUCGACCUGAAUUUCUCCGCGGACGAUGGCUCCCUUCCUCCCGAUGCCGCCGUAGUACGAUGGCAGAACCUCUGGGAGGAAGGCAUUCAACGAUUCGGGCUGACCAGUCGCUGUUAUCCGGAAAAGAUGAAGCAGCAGAUGGAAGAUGCUGGCUUCAUCAACGUGACUGUACGGCCGUAUAAAUUCCCCAUGGGCCCUUGGCCGAAGGACAAGCGGUUACGACAGGCGGGGAUCUAUUUGCUCGUGGGCAUGUACGAGGGAUUACAGGGGUUGAGCGUGAGGACUUUUACGCAAGGACUGGGGUGGUCGUUAGCGGAGAUGGAAACGCUGUUGAUGGAAGUGCGGAAUGAUUUCAAGAGUAAGAGGAUACACAUGUAUCUUCCAGUGUAAGUCGCUCUCCGACGCCAAGUCAGUCGCGGAUGUGAUGAGAAGCUGCUAAUGGGAUUUGCAGGUACGUCGUGUACGGCCAGAAGCCGCCGCUGUCGACGAAAUGA